AUGGCUCCUGCAAAGAAUGGUGAUAAGAUGGGCCAUUCUGCCAUCAACAAGGUAGUUACCAGAAAAUACACCAUCAGCAUUCACAAGCACAUCCAUGGAGUGGGCUUUGAGAAGUUCGCCCCUCAAGCACUCAAAGAGAUCUCGAAAUUUGCAAUGAAGGAAAUGGGCACUCCAGAUGUGCACAAUGACACCAGGCUCAACAAAGCUCUCUGGGUCAAAGGAAUAAGGAAAUACAAUGAUGAAGAUGAAGAGUCACCAAACAAGCUAUAUGCACAAGUUAUCUUGUACCUGUCACAACUUUCAAAAAUCUAGAAACUCUCAAUGUUGGUGAGA